AUGAGAAAACCGGUGCCAAUGAUCGACUCGGACUCUGAGGAGGACAGCAGGAGCAGCAAUCCGCGCAAGCGCAACGUCGACCUUGAGGACAGCUUUGAUGAAGACGACGGAUUUGAAAAUGCCGGAACGGAAGCACCGCAGGAGGCCGAGUUCUCCUCGAUUGAGAGCAGCGAGGAUAUGACGAGCGACUCGAUGAGUGGCAAUGUGGAUCAGAAGAAGAUUGCCAACCUCUACGAGAUCCUGCUGCAAAUGCCGUCGCUCGUCAAGACGACCGGCAAGGACAUCGCCGAGCUCUUGAAGGCUUACGAAAACGAGCAACUGGGCACCCGAGAAGAGAUCUUCGAGCACGAGAUAUCCAGCCAAUUGGCGCAUUGCAUUGGAUUGGCGCUGACGCGUCGUGAGAUGCCCGCCGGCACCUGGCAAAUCAUUCUGCGCGCCACGGCUUUUGCCGACGCCUUCGAGGCGUCCUUCGGAACGUCGGUGUGCAAGCGGGUCGUCGAGACCGUCGUCGCCGAGUCGGUGCUCGACAUGCGGCCCCACGUGCGCGAGCGUGUGUGCUCGCUGAUGCGCGAGUGUCUCGAGCUGGAGCGCGACCGGGCCGAGGGCGAGGAGGAGGCCGAUGAGCCGAUGGACGUGACACAAGCCAGCGAAAAAGACUCCUUCGACGCCAUGGACGAAGAUGAGGAUGACUUCAUCGACCUGCAGUCACUUCGCCCGAAGCCUGUGCCGCUCUCCACCCAAAGCGGAACCUUCAGCAACCAGGAUCGAGCCAGGAUCUGGGGCCCGUGGCUGGCGCUGCUGACCCGGGACAAGGUGCAAAGCGUUCGCCUGUCCGCGUUGCGCGCAAUCCUAUCGAUGCCGCAUGUACAGAUCGAUGCUCCAGAUUACGGGAAGACGGUCUAUCCUCGAGACAUCAUCUGCCGCACGCUCUCCGACAAGAACGACGAAAUUCGCCAGCUGAUCGCCGAGAAUAUGAAGUUUGACAGUCCGGAAGCCGUCGAUAUGGCCGUUGAUGCGCUGGAUGGCGAGACAAAUCGCGCUAUCAUUAAUUGUCUGGUCAGAAGACUCGAGCUCGGUGUCGCCUUCCACGAUCUGCGGCAAGAACAAGUGACCCGGCUUUUGGAAGUGGUUUUCGCGCCAGAUGCCAAUCCCGUCCGAAUUCCCGGCCUCUUCUCAAAAUGGCUUGCCGAGCUGGCUGAGGGCGAGCCGUUGCGGCUGUCGAUGCUCUUCGAAUUCGUCUGCCCCAUCGAGCACAAAGCCAUCGCCCAUAAAGCGUUUGACGCCAUCGCCGUGGUCUGCCGGAAGGAAAGCGUGGAAUCGGAAUCGUCCGGCGAGUGGGUGGCCGCGCUUCGGGCCGAAGACACGGCGACGAUCCAAGAUGGCGUCAUCUUUGAUGAGAUGCGAAUCCAGAAGGAGUUCUUCUUCGAAGCACUGCAAAGUGGUGUACAGGAGCCCCAAGUUCUGGCCAAGCGACUCUUCCUCCAUCGCCGACUCAUCGAAUUCCUGAUCCAGACGCAGCCAAAAAAGUCGACGGAAGACGUCCUCGAGCGCUUCCUGCCCACGCUGACGACGCUCGCGACGGCUACCCAAAAGUUUGUCAACGAAAUGUAUCACAUGGACGUCGAGGAAGAUCAGGCGCUGAUCGAAUUCAUCUUCAGCGAGCUGUGCACAAUGUUGCGCAUGGUCGACCGCAGCGACGGGCAAGGGCUGGAGCUGUGGCGCGAGGUCGUCACGUCGAUCGCCGUCCAGAAUGGCUUCUUCAAAACGUCCGGCGCCAUCUUCCAGGCCGCGUUUGACAUCGUCGUCCGCAGCACACGCUCCAAGGAGGAAGCCCUGAAUAUGGCCAACGAGUUUGCCUACUCCGUGCUUGCCCUCAUCCCGCGCAAGGGAUUCGGCGGUGAUGAGGAGCUCAUCUUACGAUGCGCCCUACUCUGCGAGGCCCUCAUCCGCAUCCGAUUCAAGCAGCCACACACGGCCGUCGUCGAGAAUCUCAUCCGACAGCUGGGCGAAAAAGCGACGUCCGAGUCGCGGAGGACGCGGCCAAUCGGUUGUCGCAUCGUGGCGAUGGCGGCCUGCAUUUGUGACAAGUCUCUGCUCACCUGGUCCCCAAUACUUGUCGCGCUCCCCGACGAGAUGUCGGACGAGCCGGAGACGCUCGUCGCUUGCCUGACCGGCAUCACCGAACUCGUGCUCAGCCGUCGCUUGAAGAAGGCCGCCUGUGCGAUGUUCGGCACCCCGGAAGAUACCAGCCAGGAGGCCGAGGUGCACGUCAAGGCGCUGGCCAGCUUCUACGAGAAAUGGAUCCUAUGCAAGGAUCCCGUCGUUCGCCGUGCAGCCAUUCAUCAAGCUCUUCGUCUACUCAUCGUUUUGGGGCAACGCUGGACGAGUUUCUUGGCAAAAAUUCUACUCGCCGCCCACGCGACGAACGCCGAGCCAGAGCUGCUCGAGAUGGUGAAGCAAUUCUUGGCCGACCACGACACGCUCUCCUUGAAGAUGUACAUUUCUGCCUCGGUGGUGGCUGCCGUCGACGUGGCCGAGACCGUGGACCUGCCCUUCCGCGUCGGCUUCAACGCCAUGAUUGAGUUUGCGCUCGCUCAGGCCAAGCAUGCGGUGCUCGACGGGAAGCCGGAAUAUUUGAUAAACGCGCCCGAGAUCUCGAUCAUCAUCGGCCUGCUCCACCAUCUUCGAAACUACCCGGACACUACGCUCUCCGGCACCAUCUCCGCCUACGUGACGCACUACGUCUCGGUCCCCGUAUUGCGCCGAUACAGAAAGACGGAAGUCUGGCAAAUUCUCUCCACGGCCAAGCGGACCCACAAGGCGGUCUCCCCGUACAGCGACCAGUCCGUCAUCGCACCGUUGGCCCGCUGGAUUCAAAAGCUGCAAAAUUUCCUCAAUCCGCACUCGCCAGCGUCGAAGAGGCGCGCGAUGACGCCAAGUGUCCCCGCCAAGAAUUGGGGUGGCGUGCUGAGGGCGCGCCCGGCCGACGCACCGACCAGCGACGAGACGGAACCAUCGUCUUCAUCGCCCCCUUCAAAGGUGGUCACCUUCGAUUCGGACUCCCCGUCCCGCGCCUCGCCAAGCAGCUCGACCUAUUCCCCG